AUGCUCGCUGUGGCUUUGAGCCUGGGGGUCCUGCUGGCCCUGGCAGAUGGUUUGGUGGCCCAGAGCUGUGUGUCAGCACAGUGCCUGGCCUCUCUCUCCUCCCAUCCAGGAGACUUGGUCCCCAAAAUGGUGCAACAGCUGGAGGAUUCUGUCAAUACGGAUGAGCUGCCCAACCCCAGUGUCCUGCUGGCCCUCAACCUGGCUGGGGCCACCGACAGUGAGGCUCACAAGUGGCUGCUCCAUGAGAUAGAGAGUGAUGCUGUGCAGAGAGCCCAGAAAGACAUGAGCUCAGGGCAGGUGGCUCUGUAUGUGCUUGCCCUCCUCUCCUCCUGCAAGGACCCCCAGCAAGUCCAGGCUCUGGAUCAGACCCUCGACCUGGUCCAAGUCCUGCAGAAGAAAACAGAUGAGGAAAUAGCCAAGAUGGACGUGGAUGGUGUCCCCAUCACCACCCUGUUCAGUGUCAGCCUGGAUGUGCUGGGGCUGUGCCUGGCCGGGGCAGCAGGUCACCAGGAGGCAGCUGUGGUGCUGGCCAAGGAGCUGCUGCGAUCCGACAGCAUCUCUGUGGACAGCCGUGCCGUGGCGGCUCUGGCGCUGAACUGCACCUAUGAGGGCUCAGACGUGGCUGAGGUGAGGGAGCUGCUGUGGGAAGUGCUGCUGGGGGUCACCACUGGCUUCCUGGACGAGCAGGACGAGGGCAACGGCCUCAUUGGGAACAUCUACAGCAUGGGGCUGGCGCUGCAGGCUCUGGAGGCCACCAGGGUGGUGUAUGCCCCACGGCACUGGGACUCUGCCCAGGCUUUCUCUGUGGUGUGCCAGCAUCACUUCCAGCUGCCCACGGCCACUGCCCAGCUCCUGCCCGCCCUCCUCGGCAAAACCUACCUCCAUGCAGCCCACAUGGACUGUGCUGCCAGACAGAAUCCCUGUCCCCAGAGCAGUCUCUGGCCCCAGAAGCAGUCAUCCUUGUCCCUAAAGCUGGGUACAACCAGGGUUCACAGAGCCUCGGUGUCCGACAUCAAGGUGCAGUAUUCCAUCAAAAACCAGCUGCAGGGGUCCUCCUUCAGCUACAGCAUCUGGGUGAGCGUCCCGCGGGGCUCCGCGCUGCUCAGCGUGCUGCGGGCGGCGGCGGCGCAGGAACCCGACAUCUACAGCUUCCAGACGGAGCAGACGUCCUGGGGUCCCAUGGUGACAUCCAUCCACGGGCUGGCGGCCAGCACCAACGACAGGACGUACUGGCAGUUCCUGGGUGAUGGGGUUGCCCUCCAGGAAGGGGUCGGCAGCUACAAGCCGUCGGACGGGGAGCACGUCGAGGCUGUGUUCAGCACCUACUGA